GCAUUCAUGAAAGUCCGGAAAUCCCCAGAACUUUACUGGCUGGACCAUCCUUAGCCAGGAGCACCUGGACCUGGUUGAAGAUUGUCUCCGAUUGCGAGUCGAAGAUUUGUACCGGUGAUGUAAGGAGCAAUACCCGGCAAUCAGUUACACGAAUCAAGAAUAAUUCCACGUUCAUCAGGUAUGAGGAUCAAGGCAGGUUUGAAAAGCUUGUGCUGCAAUUGGUUGACUGUGAAAAUACCGAAGAGUUUAAGAAAACUGCGGAAGAAAUCAGACAGGAGCUUGGAGAAGCCAUGGCCUGGCUAAAUUGGUGGAUCAAGCCGGUGCACGCUAAGAUGCUUUUCCGGUCUUAUCAAACCAUUCAUCCCAAUUUGUUGGAGGGUAUGCCAGACACCACAAAUGCAGAAGAGUCACUUCAUUGGAAGAUUUACCUGGCGUGCGGUACCGUCCAGAGCCAUCGCUGGGAAGUCCUUGAAGGUCUUUCGCAGCUGUACCGGUUUGCCCAGAAUCUUCCUGAGCACUUGAGAAUGAUUUGAAGUAAGUUUACCCAUCAUUAAACUUGAGCAAGUGCCAAGCAUGGCUGGGGUCAUCCCUAACAUGCGAACCGAAGGGGCACGUUCAAAAACAAACAACGGCCGGCCACCAGACACCACUGCGGCAUGACAUGCAGAAGAGCGCAAAAAGAAAACUCUGCAGCCUAUAAGCAGAAGGUCAGUCAUAAUGGGAUUUGCUUCAUGAAGGGCAACAGGUGCUACCAGUCCUAUCCUAUCGGUGAAAACACGUGUUGGUUUGAUACAUCACUGGAAGUUCUGUUCUGGUUGUUUGAGGUUUAUAAUGUCGGAAGAGAGCUAAAAAAA